AUGUUCUCACUGCUGGCCCUCCCCUCCUGGCUCCCUGGCUUCCCCUCCCUCGAGUGGGGCUCCAGCCUCCUGGACUCUCUCCUGCAAGGCCUCAUCGGGGCCUGCGGAGUCUCGGUCCUGAGCAGUCUCCUGAAAGUUUACUUCUUUGUGGGCUGUGUCAGAGAUCCUGAGAGGCGGCAGCCUGAAAAGGAGCGGCUGCGGACCCAGUGGGCCCUGGAGGCAGUGCAUCUGGUGGGGCUGGCCUUGAUCCUGACCAUCGUGAGGACGCGGGUGGCCGCCCUUGUGGUGCUCGAGUUCUCCCUCCGAGCUCUCUCUACCCUGAUGUCGCUGGCCAAGGGCUCUCGGGACACAGAGAGGCUGCAGCUCUUCCUGCUGUGCCAGUACUCCCUGGGCUGUGGGCUGACCUGUGGCCUGAGCUUCCUGCAGGAGGGCGCCCCUCACCGCUCGCUGAACCUGCUACUGGCCCUCGGGCUGGCCGCACUGCUUAGCUCAGGAGCCCGGCGCCUCUGCCGCCACAUCUACCGCCUGUUCGAGCUGCACAGCAGCCAGAACUACUGCGGGGUGUGCCUGACUCUGCUGGUUCGUGCACAAGACCUCCCCGGGUUCCUGGGCCGGGCAUUGGCCUUGGCCUUUGCUGUGGGUGACCUGGCUGCCGUGGCCCUCAUCAACCGGGACUUCCUGACCACCUCAGAGGCUGUGCGCUUCUGGACCCCGCUCACCAUCUGCUACACGUUACUGGUCAUCUACAUGCAGGAGGAGCAGCGGCAGCACCCCGGCAUGCAGAGCCAGGUACAGACGGUGCUGGUGCGCAUGGGUGGCCUCUUCGUGCUGCUGCUGACCGUGGGCCGCUGGCUGGACUUAGUGAGCAUCCUUGUCUCCCUUCUGGGCGAGCUCUGGUGCCUGGCAGGCACCCGCACUCUGUUCCACCUCUGCCAGAUACAGGAUUUGCCAUCCCAGAGUCCUCCUGUGUCAGCAUCCAGACAGCCUCCGCAGUCCACAGUUGCCCAGCCCCGGAGCACAGUCCCUUCCUGA